CCCUCAAACGUAGUCGAAUUUAUAUAAUCACGCCAACAUAACCCCAACCGUAAAAGGCUCACGCUUUCAACCCCUCUCAGGGUCUAGUCUGUACAACCCGCCGCCUCACUGUCACCGGUCACUUCUUCUGUCGUCACCGCCAGGAUGCAAACUGCUACUAUUACUGACAGACGUCCCCAGACGAUGCCAUUUCAUGGUAUUCAGCAAAACCGUAGCCCAGAGCCAUCCCAACCUGUAAAUUUUCCCCAAGUUUAGACUAUCAGCUGAAGUUUUCGAAGUCCCCAAAUUACACAACGACCACAAAAAAUCAAACCGAAUUCAAGAAAGCAUGGAGAAUUCAGGUUUUGGGACUACCCGGGACCAUCUCUUUACUUUCCCACCUCAUUCCAAUCGGCUGCGGCGCCGGCCCCUCCAGAGCCAAACCUACCGUACCUUGCUUUCCAUCUUAUCGCAUUGCAAUGCCCUCCAAUCUUUUCCGCAACCCCAAGUACCGGAUGACAAUGACGACAUUGACUCCAAUAAAUCAGGAGAAGAGGCUGAACACGAGUCAUUAGUCAACCACAAUGGUAUGGAUUUGGAGAUGUCAUUAGUCCAACAAAAGUCACCCUUCAAUGAGACUAAAGAAGUUCAUGGCUUUCAGGAUGGAGGGGCUGAUACACUGAAUGAAGUAGAUGGGUUAGAUCCUACAGAUAUAAAAGUCCAAGGGAAGGAGACGGUCACGCAAGACAAUAAUGUUAACCUUGUGGACUCUUCCGUUGUUAAUAACCAGACUUGUGAAGUUCCUCAUGAAAAAGAUAUAUGCAACGUCGUGGACUUUCAUAGGGAAUUCAGUCCUAGAAGAGAGCUUAAUGUAUUUAAUGAACCAUUUAUUAAGGAGGUUCCUGAAACUGUGAGUUCAUCUGUUGACAUUGAUGGGAUUGCGGAUAUGUCAAUACCUGUUGAAAGCAAUGAUGCGAUGAACCCUACCAUGGAGGGGCAUUUGCCAAAAGGACUUGAGCAUGAAUUGCAUCUGAAACAGAAAGAAUUGGAGAAACUUGUAUCUACAUCUGGUAACUUGGACUUGUCCUUUGGUGCCAUUGAAGAUGAUGAGAUUGAAGAAGGGGAAAUUUCAGGGGAAAUUAGUGAGGAAAUGGAUUUAUUAUAUGAAGAUGCUGUAUCAUUGGAGGAGAAGAAGUCAGGUAAGGUGCAGAUUUCUGAACAUACUGAUAAAGAAGCAUUCACUGGUGAUGAUGGAGAUGCAAGACUGGGGGAUUGUGAUACGAGAAGUUCUAUGUUUUUGGACACAGUUGAUUCAGAAACAGAAGGUUUCAGAAAAGAGCAUACAAGUGCUGAAGUUUUUUCUCACAGCGAAGAAACUGCAACUAAAACUUUAGAUGGUUAUGAUGCUUCUCUGGAGAUUGGAUUGACUGCAGAGCAAGUUUCAGGAGUCAAUAAGACAGAUCAUCCAGCAAUUUCUCUAGAAAACUUAUCUCAGCAUGGACUAAUGCAUGAAGAUACAGCUGAAAAUAAAAGUUCUGUGGAUGCCAAAAGGGAAGCUAGUGUUGGCAAAAAGAAAAGGAAAAAGGGUCCUUUAACCAAAGAAAGAAGAGAAAAGAAAAAGAAAAAAGAAAGGAUUAAACGAGCAGCAAAGAAUAGAGAGCUUGGUGUUAAAAGGUUGAAGCUACAACCACUGUCGAAACCCAAGACAGUGACAUAUUGCCGCCAUUAUCUCAAUGGCAGAUGUCAAGAGGGCGAGAAGUGCAAAUUUUCACAUGAUACAACGCCCUUGACAAAAUCUAAGCCAUGCUCCUACUUUGCACGACAUUCUUGCAUGAAAGGGGACAACUGCCCGUUUGAUCAUCAACUGUCCAAGUAUCCUUGCAACAAUAUUGUAACCAAUGGCUUUUGCAGCAGAGGCGCUGGUUGUUUGUUUUCGCAUGAGAUUUCCGCUAAGGAUGGUUCUCUGCCAAGUUCAAAUGUUACGAAGCCUGAAUCCAAGUCUCCAACCCUGGUGAGCAAGACAAUCUCUAAGAAACAGGUGAAUCACCAAGGUGUCCCUCAUCAGCAUGCUGAUGCCAAGUUCUCCGUAAUGGCAAACUUUUCUGGUAAGAGUACAGAGAAGAAAGCGUCAGAGCAUCUAGAUAGACCUUCUGCUCAGACACCAAAAGGAAUCUGCUUCAUUUCGCAUGUGAGAUCGCCACCAGGUGAUAGCAGUAAGCAUAAACAAGCUGUUCCACAUCUUAAAGGAGACAAUAGUGAGAAAGUCAGCUAUAGCAUGACUAGGAACCUUGAAGACAGCAUUCAGAAGUCGAAUGACCUAGCCAAGGGUGCGCCUUCAAAGAUGCCAAGGGGAAUAAACUUUCUGUCGUUUGGCAAACGUCCUUUGGAUGAGUCUCUUAAUAGGGAUGGGGUCAGUGAAUCAUUGUUAGGGCAGGUAAGUAAAAGCAAGUUAGUUGACUCGCCUUUGAAAAGUGAAGUUCACAUCAAAAUUGACAAUCAAGCUGCCCAAAGCAGUGCAGACUUAGAGUUAAAAGUGAAUAAAACAGCAAACAUAGUUUCACCUUCGUCCAUGCCUCAGGCCAUGAAGUUUCUUUCAUAUGGAAAAACUCCAGUAGACAAUCCUACGGCUAUUAGCCAACAUGACACACUUCGCUGCAUUGUUAACAUGGGUCUGCCAUUGGUCCAACGGAAGGAAUAUGCACUUGAUGGACUCAAAUUCUUCCCUGCAAUGCCGCAAAGGUCAGCAUCUUCUUCCCAGCCAUUCGAUCAAUCAUUGGAUCAACCAAGCGCUGGAGGAAUGUUAAGCUUUUCAAAGACAUCACUCCUGCUGAAUGCACCAACCUCGGUACAGAAAGCCCUCCGGUCAACCUUGGCAUUUGCAGCUAAGUUGGAUUCUGAAAUUAAGUUGAACCAGUCUCUCGAUACCCCGUCUGACAUGAACAAAACAUGACAGGUCAACGUUCAGAGGAUAAAUUGUUGGAAGCCUCUGAGACUCUGGACUUAAUGCUGAAUUGCAUCAGUCACUGAACAGUGAAUUGAGGACAACCAGUCAAAUGCAACUUCAAUUUAUGCAUAAUUCUCUGCACAGAUUACUGGUUUUUGCAGUUAUUCCUGCAGUAAAAAUGUUCAAUUGUUUCCAGAGAGCUGCUGCUCUAUUUAGUCUCCAAGGAUUUUGGCUGUUUGUAGCACUAAGCUGCAAGCUACUCAAAAUGAUAGCUGACCUCUCUCCUCUGUUGUGUUACUUGGUGAAACUACAGGUUGUUUGUUUCUUGAUAUGGCUGCUUGAUGAUGCUUUCUCAUAUUGCACAAACGAACAAUUUCCCAACCUGCAGGGCGAGCCAAUGCUGAGGUGCAAAUGAAGGCCAAAGACAACUGUGCUCAGCAGCUUUGUUGAAUCAAGCCAGCUGAUGAAUCAAAUAUUUGAAGUCUUGGUAAAUGGUAGGCAACUAAGAGGACAAGCAGGCUUCGGGUGAAAGAUUGCAAAUAUCUCAAAGAAUUCCAUGAUGCGGGGGAAGAAUACUGAUAUUAAGAAGUUUGCCAUGAGUUAACAUGUUCUCUUCUUUUCCUUGGCCCCAACGACGUCUCUAAUGGAUCAAUUCGCGGCUCAACGUUUUGAGGUUCACCAGCCUAUUUGCACCUUUGAGGAUUAAUGGUACAUUAAGCUUGGCUGCUGAACCCAUAUGCAAUAUUGACCGUUAAAUGAUUUCACUAGAUGAUGUUUCAGACUUGAGGAUGAUACUCGGAUAGGAACUUUAUAGUAUACUCGCCUUGUAAAUUCGUAGCAGAAGAAGAUGCUUGCCUCUGCCAUUCCGGAUUCCCAUUUGAGCAAGGAGCAUUUUGACAUGGACAGACGAGAUACAUAUAUUUUAUUCUCCAAGAAAAGAGAGAUAAAUUUUAGAGUGAAUUUCCUUUUAGCCCCUUUGUGUGCAGUUUUGGCACUUGGUCCCAUAUUUUUUGCAGUCCUCCUUUUCUCUUUUUUUUUUUUUUUUGUUGAAAUGAUAGAAUUGUAUUGAUUUACUAAAAGUAUAUACAGUGCGAGCAACGACUCGAUACUUAUAUUGUACUAUUAGCACAGUAGAUUGGAAUUGACUCA